AGUCCGUGCUCCUUGGAUCCGGCGUCGGAGCUAGGUGGGGCCAGCUUUGCGGACCCCGGAGCUCAGGACGCAGGCGGGGCUUGUGCUCCGCGGGGGCAGGGCGUAGGGUGGGCCUCCUCCCGCCCCUACUCUUGCGGUUUGUUCCGUUUCAUUGGAGCUUUCUGGACCGUGUGCUCGACGGUACCCUAGGUGCCGUGGGGCCACACGCGAGUCUGAUAAGCACCCUCCCCUGGGAUCAUGCGGUGCUGUGAGGCCUAGCGAAGAUGAAGAUAGAAUGCAAGGUAGAAAGUGCUGGAUACCUUUAGAAAGCUGCAGGACUGAUGCGAUGGGAGUGGAGACGUAAGAACCUGCCCCGUCCGUAGGGCUGUGGAUGCUGUUGAGGCCCGAGGCCCCUAUGGCAGAUUUGAAAAUUCACCCUUGUAGAGUCAUUCCUGCCUUUGAGCGGACUCCCUUUUAAGGCGGGUAUGUAAUGGCAUGAUCACGGGUCACCACAACCUCCACCUCCCGGGUUCAAGCGAUUAUCUUGCCAUGGCCUCCUGAGUAACUAGGAUUACAGAUCUCAAGAGAGCGUUCGGUGGAGGCCCUGGGUCUACACAGCUCACCUCCCUGGGAACUGCUUGCCUGAGCGUCGGAGCCGGCGCUGGCCCCCUGCAGCCGGAAGGUUGCAGCCGCAGGAUCCCCGGAGGCCCAGGACACAGGGCUCUUGCUCUUGCAGAAUCCACAGGUCUUGAAGAAAUCUGUAGUCAGAACUUUGUGCUGCAUUUUUAUCUAGGAAAGGAACAGAAGAGUGUGGUCUCCUAGAAAUCUAGCACUGGAGAAACGAGGAAAAUUCUUCCAACGAUGGUCUCCCACUCAGAGCUGAGGAAGCUUUUCUACUCAGCAGAUGCUGUGUGUUUUGAUGUUGACAGCACAGUCAUCAGAGAAGAAGGAAUCGAUGAGCUAGCCAAAAUCUGUGGCGUUGAGGAUGCGGUGUCAGAAAUGACACGGCGAGCCAUGGGCGGGGCAGUGCCUUUCAAAGCUGCUCUCACAGAGCGCUUAGCCCUCAUCCAGCCCUCCAGGGAGCAUGUGCAGAGACUCAUAACAGAGCAACCCCCACACCUGACCCCCGGCAUAAGGGAGCUGGUAAGUCGCCUACAGGAGCGAAAUGUUCAGGUUUUCCUAAUAUCUGGUGGCUUUAGGAGUAUUGUAGAGCAUGUUGCUUCAAAGCUCAAUAUCCCAGCAACCAACGUAUUUGCCAAUAGGCUGAAAUUCUACUUUCACGGUGAAUAUGCAGGUUUUGAUGAGACGCAGCCAACAGCCGAAUCUGGUGGAAAAGGAAAAGUGAUUAAACUUUUAAAGGAAAAAUUUCAUUUUAAGAAAAUAAUCAUGAUUGGAGAUGGUGCCACAGACAUGGAAGCCUGUCCUCCUGCUAGUCUCACUCUGUCACCCAGGCUGGAGUGCAGUGGUGUGCUCUCAGCUCACUGCAACCUCUGCCCUCCGGGUUCAAGUGAUUCUCCCACCUUAGCCUACCAAGUAGCUGGGACCACAGACGCAUUCCACCACACCCAGCUAAGAUGUUGUGUGUUUGGUAGAGGCAGAGUUACGCCAUAUUGCCCAGGCUGGUCUCAAAUUCCUGAGCUCAAGCGAUCUCCCCCGCUUUGGCCUCCCAAAGUGCUGGUAUCACAGGAUGCUUUCAUUGGAUUUGGAGGAAAUGUGAUCAGGCAACAAGUCAAGGAUAACGCCAAAUGGUAUAUCACUGAUUUUGUAGAGCUGCUGGGAGAACUGGAAGAAUAACAUCCAUUGUCGUACAGCUCUGAACAACUUCAGAUGAAUUUUUACAAGUUACACAGAUUGAUACUGUUUGCUUACAAUUGCCUAUUACAACUUGAUAUAGAAAGUUGUUACAGAUGAUCUGUACUUUAAACUACAGUUAGGACUCCUAGAAGAUUGCUUUUUUUUUUUUUUAACUGUAGUUCCAGUAUUAUAUGAUGACUAUUGAUUUCCUGGAGAGUUUUUUUUUUUGAGAUGGAGUCUCGCUCUGUGGCCCAGGCUGGAGUGCAGUGGCAUGGUCUCGGCUCACUGCAAGCUCCGCCUCCCAGGUUCACACCAUUCUCCUGCCUCAGCCUCCCGAGUAGCUGGGACUACAGGCGCCCGCCACCACACCCGGCUAAUUUUUUGUAUAUUUAGCAGAGAUGGGGUUUCACCGUGUGAGCCAGGAUGGUCUUGAUCUCCUGACUUUGUGAUCCGCCCACCUCGGCCUCCCAAAGUGCUGGGAUUACAGGCUUGAGCCACCGCGCCCAGCCAAUUUCCUGGAGAGUUUUAUAAUCUGAAUUAUUUAUGUAUAUUCAUAGCUAUAUUUCAUACAAAGUGUUUUAAGGGUGGAGAGUCAAACACCUUUACUCUUAGAAAUACAGAUUCGGCAGCCUUCAGUGAAUAUUGGUUUCCCUUUGGUAUGUCAAUAAAAGUUUAUCCAUAUGUCAGAA